AUGAAAAAAACCUAUGUUUACUUUAUACUAUACCUAUUAUCAUUUUUUAACUCGGUAUAUUCUCUUCCUAAACGACAAGAACCAAUCGGUGCCAUUGGAGGUUCAGUUACAUUAUCUAUUGAAGGGAGAUUUACAUGCACAUCUGGUUUUCCAGUAAAAGGAGGAGAUCUGGGAGAUACUGAUACAGGUCUGUUACUUGCUGGUCAUUGCACCGCAAAUAAUGCCGUAGGAGAUCAAGUUUUUGUGGAAAAUAACGAUGGAUCACUAGGUUCACUAAUAGGAAGAAUUUUUAAGGUUUCAUAUGGAAAUGGUAACGAUUUUGCUCUUAUAAAACUGGAUCAAGGAUGGUUUGGUUACCCUACUCUUAUAGGGCCAGGAAAAGAUGGUCAACCUGCAAUACUUCCAAUAAUAACAGCUACUUCCCCUGAGGAAGGUUCCCAAGUAUGUUUAACUGGAGCCACAAGUAGCAGUGUGUGUGGAGUACUUAUAGAGGCUGAUGGGGAGGGAAGUAUGUAUGUGCUGAAUAAAUGGAAUAAUUCUGAGUUUAUACUUUUAGAAGGUCUAAACGUAAUAGACACAGGAAAAUCACGUACAACUUUUGGAGAUAGUGGUGCAGGUGUUUUUGUAACUAAAAGAGCUCCCGUUGGCUCCGCUAUACUUGCAAGUCCAGUUGGCAUAUAUGUAGGUUUCGUUAAUGAUGUUGUUGAACAUAAAGAGUCUUACUACUAUCCGAUAUCUACCGUUCUGGAAGCGUUUGGUGGAUUGGAAUUGAUAACACAAAAAAUCUUAUAA